UACACUCACUCUUUCCAAUUAUUCGUGAUGCUUUCGAAUGUUAUGGAGUUUUACCAUUACUAGAUUUACAUUUUUCAGCUGUGCAAGUGUCAAAAUUGAUCAAUUGUCAAUAUUCGCUAUUCGUGGCAAAGAGAUUUGUUUACUUGUUUGUUUUCCCAGUAAAAAAUAAAUAAUAGUUUCUAAUACAUUGUUUAAAAUUCAAUCUUAAAGUAAUGCAAGAACACAAUAAAAGUUUUCGAAACAUUGAAGGUGACAAAAGCUCGACGACUUUAUGUUUUGACAAACAUGAUUUCAUGAAGGGAAAUUUUUCUGUCGAUGAAUUUUUACAUAAAAAUCGAAAUGCACCAAGCUUGGAGCAGCUUCGGGAUGACUUGGGUAUAUAUUUGAAAGACUUGAGGUCCUCGAUGAUCGAUCUCAUUAAUGAAGACUAUGCUGACUUUGUAAGUUUGUCAGCAAACCUUGUUGGAUUAGAUCAAUCCAUCGAAGAUAUUGAAAAUCCUUUGGUUCAGUUCCGUAAAGAAGUCGAAAAUAUUCGUUCUCUGCUCAAAGAAUGUGCUUCAGAAGUGCGGCAAAAUUUGGAGAAAAAGCAACAGUUUCGUGUUCAAAAGCGAAAUUUGCAAUGUUAUCAGAAAGUGGAAGAAACCUUGCAUAAGAUUGAGAAUUUAUUAGCACAUCAAUUAAAAGAAGACCUAAAACCAAUUGAUUUAGAGCGUACAGCACUUGAAUUAAUUCAACUACAAUUCAAUCAAAAAUUUUGUUGGGAUAUGUUAAAUGAUGAACAGAAAAACAAUUCCCAAAGAUUACAAAAUGACGUUUUCGCUAAAUUGCGAAUAUUUUUUAAUGAUUCUCUAAAAAGUUCAACGAGCACAUGUUCGGAACUAUUGGAACGAUGCUUAAGGAUUUAUAUCACUCUUGAUGCUUGUCAAAUGGCAGAGCAAGUAUUUCGUGAAGACAUCGUUGCGCCUUAUAUGAGCGCUACCAUUUCGGAACAUUGUCUGCAAAAUUCUCCCCAAGGUCUGUCGGGAAUAUACGGAAAGAUUUUAAAUUUCAUAUCACUCCACAUGACCGAUUUGCUUCGCUUGACACAUUACACAGACAAACUAAGCGGUUUUAAUUUUUUGGUAAACAGCUUUUGGGUGGAUGUAGAAAUGCGUUUAGAAACACAUAUGUCAUCGAUCUUUGCCCCGGGUAAUUCCGAUGUAUUCUACAUGAAAUAUAAGUGUACAAGAGAUUUUUUGUCAAAGAUCGAAACGCUUUUGGCAAAUGACGAUGCAGUAAAAAGUUUCAAGGAACAUAAACAAACAUUCAGUUUCCAAUCGCGAUGGAAUCUACCAGUUUAUUUCCAAAUAUGUUUUCAGGAGAUAGCAGGAGAAUUUGAGACUGCACUGGUACCUUUGCUACAUGCAGACAUGAUGAAUUGUAAAUCAAAAGCAAUAGAUUCUCGCUAUCAAUUGAACGCAUUUAAUAGUGCAUCUAAAGCUAUAGAACACUGUUGGAAAGAAGGUGUCUACCUCUCUGAGAUUUUUCCAAAAUUUUAUAAACUAAGCGUCCAAAUUUUACUACGACUUUCUCGGUGGAUCUCCGAUGUUUUACAGCUCAUUACAAAAUCCAGCUCCAAAAACAAGAACAACUCUGAUUGUUCUAUUCAAAUCAACAAAAUUAUUGUACUAAUAGCAUUGCAUGCCGAUGUGCAGGUGCUAAUUGAACAAUUGCCUGAAAUAGAACGACAUAUCGUUAUAAAUGUGCCCAAUGAGCUACAAAGUGAUGUAGACGUGUGUAAUGUUGUUGCGAAAUCGGUCGCCGACGUGCGGGAAACACUUGACGGCCAUCUAGGUGCGGUUCAAGAUGCGCUAGUCGACAUAUUAAUAUCUGAAAGUGGUAUAGAAAGUGUUCGUCAGGUUAAAGAUUUGCCACGUUUGUAUCGGAAAACUAAUCGCGACACACCUACGAAGCCAUCUCCCUACAUUGAUCAGAUGCUACGUUCUUUGAAAUCCUUUCAAAAUGAACAAAGUUCACAACUUGGAAAUGCUAUCGCCACCAAUGUUUUAUUGAAAGUUUGCUCAAAAAUAACUAAAGAUUAUUACGUUGCAGUUAAGGAUGUCCUCACAUCAGUGCAGAAAACAGAGGAGUCAUUACGUCGUUUGCGCAACCUUAAGACCGGUGCUUCAACUGUUCUUACAACAGGUGCAACAACAAUGUCAGAUGAUGAUAAAAUUCGAUUACAACUUCACGUAGAUGUCAUUGCAUGGACUGGAGAAUUGGCCAAAAUGGGUCUAAUGCCUUCACAAGUGGAUGACUUGCUCGAAUUAAAUAACAUUGUCGAAGCGAGCACGAAAUUGAAGGAAUCCAAAGAUAAUUAAUAAGAACAGCACAAUAAAGUUGUAAUAUUUGAUAAAUACAUAUAUUACUAAGCAU